CGAUAUGGUAGAUGUCGUCUGGGCUGUCAUCGAUCCAGUACGUGCCAUCGUCAUACGCCACGCACUGAUAAGGCAGGCACGAAGCUCAUUCUAGACGAGGCGUCGAAUCUGAAGCGAUGCCAGCUCCAGCCGUCUACACUUGUGCUGCCAGGGGGAUCCAUCGAGUUGGCCUUCGGGCUCGGAGGCCGUCCGCAGUCUCGUCGCCGGCGGUGGUGCUGCCACUGGCGUUGUCAACGACGCAACCAAUCCGACUUUGGCCAAUAUGACCGAGAAGUGCCGGACAAGCCAUGCAACAUCGCUCCACCGGAUGACGAGGAACAUGUGAAGCCUGCCCGUGAUCGCUCGCGAAGGAAAUGCAAUCGCCGACGAGGACGGGGUACGUUGUGGCGCUGUGCGCAAUGA